ACCUGCACCACUAGAUAUUAAUUAGAAAAUCUUAACUUUUUGUACUGGGGUUAGAUCAUAUUUUCACUGCUGAAAUACCAGCAUUUCAGCAUAUGAAUCCUGGCUUGUGUCGUGGAGUUUGCAUGUUUUCCCCGUUUUUGGUGGGUUUCCUCCAGGGAUUCUAGUUUUCUUCUGAAGUCCAAAGACAUGCAGAUUAGCCUAAUUGCCGUUCCCAAACAUCUAAACAUGUGUGUGACCUGUAAUGGAUUGACACCCCAUCUGGGGUGUACCCCACCUAGUGCCCUAAGUCUCCUGGGAUAGGCUCCAGGCCCACUGUAGUGUAGUGGUGUAAGUGAACUUUAACAUGCUGGAGUAAUUUUAAGACAAAACAUAAAUCUUUAUGUGAUUUACUUUUUUGAUUUCAGGGGACUGUUUGGGCUGAAGACGAAGGAAGCCCAGCUUAGCGUAAAAACAACACUAGUUGUAAAUAUAUGUAUAAUAAAGUAUAAGUUUAUGGUAUUACCUCACCACUGAGCAAACUCACACAACAGGAGAAUACAGACCGGUGCAAAUAUUGGCCUACGCUCAAUGAACAAUAGAAGCUUGUAGUUUUAGAAAUACAGACCUCUCUUUUUUCUCACUUCUUAUAAACACCUAUACACAACCUUAAAACGAGCAUGUGAAGACAGAGUAAUGACAAAGCAUGAAAUAAAACAAAGACACAAAAAAAUUAUAGUUACACAAGUGAUUGUCUAUAUUGAUAAAUAAAAUGUCUAACCUAUAACACAAGAUGGCGCUACUGAGCUGAGAAACACGGAGUCAAGGAACGUCUACAGCGUCUUGCCCUCAAGUAGGAUGUCAAUGCACUCCUAGAGAUGGUUGUUAUUUUGUGUGAUUUAAUUUUUUAUUUAAAGACCUCUGCCAUAAUACUGUGGAGUAUCAUAAACCUUUAAAACAAUGUGGUGAUUUUCCUGAACUCUUACAACCAAUUUACUGCCCAUGUUUCUUUCUAGUCUAUCUCCCCAUUCACCCAAACAAGCUCAUGUCAUUUACACACAUGUCCACACACAAGAGUAAACACACCUCUCUAAACCACUCAAGGACAGGUCUAGCACUUUUCACUUCUAGACAGAAAGGUCAGAGAUCAAAGUGUAAAGGAGGUCACACCAUUGAAAAGGUGUGCAUGUGUGGGUUUGUAAUACAAGCAUAAAAGAGUACCAAGAGGAAUUCCACCAGUCUUUCAGAUUUUAUGAGAUUUAACAAGUUCAACAAACACUACACAAAUCACCAAACAGGACAAAAGUUUAACGGUGAAGUAUGGAUGUAUUUAUUUAAAACUAUGAGUGGUUUGAAAUUUAGGAAGCAGGCUAGAAAAUAAUUCAUGUGAUCAGUCAGGCAGUGUGUGUGUCUGUGUGUGGGUGGGUGGUGGUUGGGGGUAGGGAGCAUCAGUGCAUAUCAGAGAGCAAAGAAACUGCAUAUCUAGGAAUCUUAACCAAGACCCCUACAAGCACCCAGACACACAUACACACAGAGAGAGAGAGAGAGAGAGAGAACAAACAGAGGGAGGGAUAGAGGGUUGGAAGAGGAGAUCAAAUAAGAAGAAAAAGCCAGCAGACGUUUCAGCAAGAUGAGAGCAUGGAAGUGAGUGACAUAUGAAAUACAGAGGCUUAGAGAAGACAUAAUGUUAUUUGAGGUACAGAUUUGAAGAGAAAAAAAUACCGGACUCUAUAUUUGCUUGAAAACCUUGGCUGCACUGUAGGUCAGACAACAUUGGGUGAAAGAUUGGUAAGAGGUAGUGGAAGUCAUCUAAUAGCUGAGUGCAGUUAUUUGUUGGUAUACCUCUUGCUUUCCCAUGAGUUCCCUUAGCAGUGUUGUUUUGUGCAUUCUGCGCUGGCUUUUGCUGGGGGUGUGGGUGAUGUGUCUGUCUGUACAGUGUCAGAGGGAUAAUUUGGUGGCUGGGCCACCCAACAGAAGGUGUGAGGGGGGCUGCAAUGUACCAGCAUCUCCCCCAAAAACUCACCUAACAUACAGGAAGGACACAAUACCCAGAAAGCCACAGGAGCCUCUCCAAAGAAACACACAGCCAUCUUCCAUAUCAGAACGUCUGAUGCAGCUACAGCGGUGUAUGAAACAGCAUGAACCAGCCCCAGGAAAUCGAAGAGAUGGAUCUGACUCCCUGGCAGCCAUUCUGGCCCUAAUGACAGCUGUGCUUACUGAGUGUAACCUACACUGCCACAGCCAGAGACUCAGAGACAUGGCUCGCAGACUAGAGAGUGCAGCAGUGGGAAAAAAUGGAGAAAAAGACCUGCUGCUUUUGAUGAAGAGCAUUACACAAUCUGGGUCUCAAGCAACACCAAGUGCAUUAACAGCCUCUCCCUCUGCAGGACUUUAUCCCCCAAAUUGCUACGAGAUUUUUAAGUUUGGAAUAAAAGAGAAUGGAAUUUACACCAUCCAACCAGACCCUCAAAAACCAGCACUGGAGGCUGUAUGUGAUAUGGAGUCCGCCGGAGGUGGUUGGACAGUGUUUCAGCGUCGAUUUGAUGGACAAGUGGACUUUAACAGGACAUGGAGAGAGUAUCGGGAUGGCUUUGGUUCUCCUCAAAUGGAACACUGGUUAGGCAACGCAGUUCUACAUGCUCUCACAGCGAGUGGUCAGCACACACUCCGUAUCACUCUCCAAGACUGGCAUCAACAGACCCGACAUGCCAUCUACAACAACUUUAAAGUGGCUGGAGAGAACCAGAGGUUUCGUCUGACUGCACAAAAUUACCAAGGAGAUGCCGGUAAUGCCCUCAGCUAUAGUAAACAUUACAACCACGAUGGCAGAGCUUUCAGCACAUUUGAUCACGAUUUUGAUCGCUAUGCAGCUGGUAACUGUGCUCAGUACUACGGUGCAGGCUGGUGGUUCGAUUCCUGUUUGGCUGCCAAUUUGAAUGGACGUUACUAUCGUGGCCGCUACACUGGCAUCACAGAUGGCAUCUACUGGGGCACCUGGUACAUCCUCACUGACUCUCGAAGUGGGGAGAGAUACUCGUUUAAAAGUGUGGAGAUGAAAACACGACCCAGACAGCCUUAAAAUAAUCAUCUUCCUCACACACUUAUACAACAUACACAAAUGAUGCUAUGCUACUUUCAGUAUUUAUACUUCACUAAAUCUAUAGUGCACAGGACAAGUUACAAUGUGAUACGUAUGUAACAGUAGUGUACAAGAUUUUAAAGGUGAAAGUCUCUGUGGCAUUCCAGGGUCUGUAAGUGAGUGAAAUAAAGAAUAGAUGUGGAUAAAUAACAUCCAACAUCAGGUCAAGGAGACUUCUAUGUUUGCAUAUUAUGUUAAUUGUUAAUUCAGAAAGCUUUAAGCAGUCUGGGCUAAGUACUGUAGCAUUUGUGUGCUUUGGACAUGCAGCUUUAGAGAGAACAUUACUGGAGAGGCUAUU